AUGUUAGGAUAAAUUUUAGCAUGGCUCUGUUAAUUAAUAGAUUAGUUUAUUACACAAAUUCGUAAAAGAAUAAGACCAAGAACAAGAAUGGAAUUAAGGAGAUAUCAUUAAAUUCCAAGAUCAAAUUCAUUUUAUACAGGAAAAUUAAGAUUAUUGAUAGGAUUAGAAGGGACUUUAGUUUGUACAAGUCCUACUUAUAUUCAAGGAUGGGAUAAGAUUAAUAUUAAGUAAUAUUCUAAUAAUAUAUUAAUUGAGAUAUCCUUCAGGUGCCACAUAAGAUUUCUAUGUUAAACAUAGACCAUAUCUAGAUUAAUUUUUAUUGAUCGUGUCAAAAAUAUAUGAUGUGAGCAUCUACACAACUUAGAUAUAAGAAUUUGCUGUUCCAAUUAUUAAUCGGUUUUGCAUUCAAAUCAAGCAUAAUUUUUACAGAUACAAGUAAAUUUUAUUUUUCACAUAGUCAUGUGUAUUAUCUCGUAACAAAAUCACAAAGGAAAUAAAUAUGACAACAUCUAAUCCUCAUAAUGUUAUUUUUGUAGAUUAUGAUGAGGAUCAAUGUUAAGGUAUUAAAUUUUAACAUUCAUUCAAGCUAAUUCUGAAAACGCUUAUCCCAUUAUUUAAUAUCAAGGUUAAGAUAAUGAUACAGAAUUGUUAAAAUUGAUGCAAUUUUUAAUAUAAGCUGAAACUUAGAUGAAGGUUCGUAAAGAACAGGAUCCUGCAGUUACAAUUUAGGAUAUACUUUAAGAAAUGAUAGAUG